GCCGGCAGCCCCUCAAUAAGCCACAUUGUUGCACGAAACUCUAGCGCUGGACUCCCGGGCCGCCGCUAGCAACGCCGAGUCACCAAGCCCAGAAGAUCUGCGGGCGAGAGCAGUGCGCGCGUGAGCGGGAGAGGUCCGAUCCCCCCCGCGGAACCGGGUUGAGAUUCUUCCCAAGUUGAGCCCUAGGGAGCCCGUGGCUGAAGUUAGCGCCUUGACAGCGGGGCAGCCCGACACGUCGCCGGGAGUGAUUUUUUUGGGAGCCUCCUAGCAGUUGUGACUCCCCAAACCUGAUCCUAGAGACCGGAGACCCUUCCGCCGGCGGGCCGUCGCUGUUAGCCUUCUUUGCGGGCCGCUCGGAUUCGCCGCUCCCGGUCCCACCGAAGCUGUCUGACCGCGCCGCCCUCCUUCCCCACAAGCGCUCCAGUCUUGGUUUCCCAUCUCGGCGCCGUCGGGCCGUGGCAAAAUGAUCGCCUCGCAUCUGCUCGCUUACUUCUUCACGGAGCUCAACCAUGACCAAGUGCAGAAGGUUGACCAGUAUCUCUAUCACAUGCGUCUUUCUGAUGAGACCCUUCUGGAGAUCUCUAAGCGGUUUCGCAAGGAGAUGGAGAAAGGGCUUGGAGCUACCACCCACCCCACUGCUUCAGUGAAAAUGCUGCCCACCUUCGUGAGGUCUACUCCGGACGGGACAGAACAUGGAGAGUUCCUGGCUCUGGACCUUGGAGGGACCAACUUUCGCGUGCUUCGGGUGAGAGUGACGGACAAUGGGCUCCAGAAGGUGGAGAUGGAGAACCAGAUCUACGCCAUCCCCGAAGACAUCAUGCGCGGCAGCGGCACGCAGCUGUUUGACCACAUUGCCGAAUGCCUGGCUAACUUCAUGGAUAAGCUACAAAUCAAAGACAAGAAGCUCCCCUUGGGCUUUACGUUCUCAUUCCCUUGCAUCCAAACGAAACUAGAUGAGAGUUUCCUGGUCUCAUGGACCAAGGGGUUCAAGUCCAGUGGUGUGGAAGGCAAAGAUGUGGUUACUCUGAUUCGGAAGGCCAUCCAGAGGAGAGGGGACUUUGAUAUUGAUAUUGUGGCUGUGGUGAAUGACACAGUUGGGACCAUGAUGACCUGUGGUUAUGAUGACCAGAACUGCGAGAUUGGUCUCAUUGUGGGCACGGGCAGCAAUGCCUGCUACAUGGAAGAGAUGCGCCAUAUUGACAUGGUGGAAGGCGAUGAGGGGCGGAUGUGCAUCAACAUGGAGUGGGGGGCCUUUGGGGACGACGGCGUGCUUGAUGACAUCCGUACUGAGUUUGACCAGGAGAUCGACAUGGGCUCCCUGAACCCCGGAAAGCAACUAUUUGAGAAGAUGAUCAGUGGGAUGUACAUGGGGGAACUGGUGAGGCUUAUCCUGGUGAAGAUGGCCAAGGAGGAGCUGCUUUUCAGGGGGAAGCUCAGCCCCGAACUCCUCGCCAAAGGCCGCUUUGAGACCAAAGAUGUUUCAGAUAUUGAAGGGGAGAAGGACGGUAUCCGGAAGGCUCACGAGGUCCUGGUGCGGUUGGGCAUAGAGCCGACACAGGAGGACUGCGUGGCCACUCACCGCAUCUGCCAGAUCGUGUCCACGCGCUCAGCCAGCCUGUGCGCGGCCACCCUGGCGGCUGUGCUGCGGCGCAUCAAGGAGAACAAGAGCGAGGAGCGCCUGCGUUCCACCAUUGGGGUGGACGGCUCCGUCUACAAGAAACACCCACAUUUCGCCAAGCGUCUUCACAAGACGGUGCGGCGCCUGGUGCCUGACUGCGACGUCCGCUUCCUCCGCUCCGAGGAUGGCAGUGGCAAGGGGGCAGCCAUGGUGACAGCAGUGGCCUACCGGCUGGCCGACCAACACCGGGCCCGGCAGAAGACCUUGGAGUCUCUGAAGCUGAGCCGGGAGCAGCUGCUGGAAGUCAAGAAGAGGAUGAAGCUAGAAAUGGAGCGAGGUCUGAGCAAGGAGACUCAUGCCGUUGCCCCGGUCAAGAUGCUGCCCACCUACGUGUGCGCCACCCCUGAUGGCACAGAGAAAGGUGAUUUCCUGGCCUUGGACCUUGGAGGUACCAAUUUCCGGGUCCUGCUGGUGCGUGUGCGGAACGGGAAGCGGCGCGGAGUGGAGAUGCACAACAAGAUCUACGCCAUCCCGCAGGAGGUCAUGCACGGCACGGGGGACGAGCUCUUUGACCAUAUCGUCCAGUGCAUCGCUGACUUCCUUGAGUACAUGGGCAUGAAGGGCGUGUCCCUGCCCCUGGGCUUCACCUUCUCUUUCCCCUGCCAGCAGAACAGCCUGGAUGAGAGCAUCCUCCUCAAGUGGACGAAAGGUUUCAAGGCAUCUGGCUGCGAGGGUGAGGACGUGGUCACCCUGCUGAAGGAAGCCAUCCACCGGCGAGAGGAGUUUGACCUGGAUGUGGUGGCUGUGGUGAAUGACACAGUGGGGACUAUGAUGACCUGUGGCUAUGAAGACCCUCACUGUGAAGUUGGCCUCAUUGUUGGCACGGGCAGCAAUGCCUGCUACAUGGAGGAGAUGCGGAACGUGGAGCUGGUGGAUGGGGAAGAGGGGCGGAUGUGUGUCAACAUGGAGUGGGGAGCUUUCGGGGACAAUGGGUGCCUAGAUGACUUCCGCACGGAAUUUGAUGUGGCUGUGGAUGAGCUUUCCCUCAACCCUGGCAAACAGAGGUUUGAGAAAAUGAUCAGUGGCAUGUACUUGGGCGAGAUUGUCCGAAACAUCCUCAUUGACUUCACCAAGCGUGGGCUGCUCUUCCGUGGCCGCAUCUCAGAGCGACUCAAGACAAGGGGAAUCUUUGAAACCAAGUUCCUGUCUCAGAUUGAGAGUGACUGCCUGGCCCUGCUGCAGGUCCGAGCCAUCCUGCACCACUUGGGGCUCGAGAGCACCUGUGACGACAGCAUCAUCGUCAAGGAGGUGUGCGCCGUCGUGGCGCGGCGGGCAGCCCAGCUCUGUGGCGCAGGCAUGGCCGCCGUGGUGGACAAGAUACGAGAAAACCGUGGGCUGGACACUCUGAAAGUGACAGUGGGUGUGGACGGAACCCUCUACAAGCUCCAUCCUCACUUUGCCAAAGUCAUGCAUGCGACAGUGAAGGACCUGGCUCCGAGGUGUGACGUGUCCUUCCUGGAGUCGGAGGACGGCAGCGGGAAGGGGGCGGCUCUCAUCACUGCGGUGGCCUGUCGCAUCCGCGAGGCCGGACAGCGAUAGAGUCCCCGAAGUCUCGGCAGGGACUUCCUCUGGUUCCCAUCUCCCCUGCUUUAAAUUGAGAUGCCAUCCCCUGUGUCAGAGACAGACUCUUAGCUCGUCCUUGGCAGAGGGGACCCUGCCAGCCUGCGUUUUGUCUCUGUGUGUCCUCACUGUAGAGUUUGGUGCCCACACCUUGGCCCUCCUGAGAAAAAUGCCAUUUGAAGUACAGGUUUGUUCACAUUAGUCACAACCAUUCCCCUUGGUUCUCUUAAAACUUAGAACAAAUUUUAACCUUUAGUUAACCCCCCCCCCCCCCCUCCGCCAACUUCCAGGUCCCUGUACAAUCCUGCAGGGUGGGACACUAAUGAAAAAAUAUGGCUGCUUCACCUUGAACCCUGGCUGCUUCACCUUGGACCCCGAACAUGGUAUUUCUAGGUGGAGAACAUCCCCCAGCACGGAGGUUGGCACUGUUUCUCAGAGACCUGGGAGGUCUCCACUAACUUGAGCCUGGUUCUCCCACUGGCAGAACUUGGGGGAGGGGAGGGGCGCCAUGGAGGGAAGUCCUGGAUCGCCAUGCGAAAGCCCCUCUUCAGCCUCAUCCGCAAGCAUUGCCUGGUGGGUGGCUGUUCCUGGAAUCGGAGCGUCCUGAGUCUGAGCGUGCAAUACCAAAGCCACGAGCUGACACGUCGUGCGCAUGGACUUGUUGCAUCUCCUUGUGGGUUCGUUCACCAGUCAUCCAUGGGCAAUGGACCUUGAGGGGAGGGUGGGGAACGUCUUGGUCUGUUUUUAAAAAACGUUUCCUACAGAAGUGUAAACACUGUAUUUUCAUUUUAACUUAUGUUUGAAAUUUAUUUAGUUCCACAAAGCACGUGUGCUUCCUCAUCUGGAUACUGGAUGUAAUGAUCGGUUGUAUGUAUGUAUUUAUAUGUUAGUUUGCCAUGUAUAUAGAUACACAGGGUCUCCUCAGACCUGGCCUACUAGUAGAUGGGUAGUUAAAGGAUGGAAGGAGAAGAUGCUGAUUGGUUAGUAGAAAUACCUCAUUCGCCUGUGGGAAGAGAAGGGAAGCUCUUCAUGGUGAGUGAAUGGCCAAGCAACUCCCUCCCGGUUCCUCCUUUCCCUGCAGACUCUGGAAUGCGGAAAGCAAGGGAGAGAGCGAAGGAGGCUGGGCCUAUGGGUUGAAGAAAUCCCAGCCCUAGCUGCUCUGUAGGAACUUUCCUGGGGCAAUAUUACCCGGAUGUUAACCAAAGGACUCAGACUAUGGAACCUUUAUUCUUAAGGCAUUCGGUAGACUUUUAAAGCUCUCUAACAAGACAAGAGAAGCCACCAAAAACACUUUUAAAAAAAAUUGUGCCUGACAGUUGAUAACAAACCAAAAUAAUGAAAUAAACAAUGGAAUGAAGCCUCGGGGACAGCACUUUGGAGAGUUGUGUCCUAGAAAAAUUGGGUUUGUAAAUGUUUUACAAGGAGCGUGUGGAGGGUUUCUUUAGCCGGAGCUGUUUUUACACAGUAUGUAUUCCAAAUUGCUGGGGGAAGCAGUAUAAAACCUUCCAUACCCUGCUCUCCAGGAGUGAAGGUAAUUCUGAAUCCUUAAGCCCACUUCAUCCCUAAAAUAGGCCCACACGCAUUGAGCCUGAAUACUGAAUUAUCAAGAAGGAAUGGCCUUGCAACACUGUGGACUAGGACACAAGGGUCAGGACAGAAAGAUGGAAGAGACAAGUUUCAACAGCACCCAAUUCUUGCACAUUUAUCCAAUUUGUAUUGAGAACAGUGUCUAGAUUUGUGUGUCACUAAAGGAUGCCCAAGAAAUAGAGAUGAACUUUAACCUUUAAAACUGGACAGUUAGGCUUCUUCUAGGAAAUUGCUCAUUUUUUAAAGGUCGAGCUGUGUGUGGCUAUGAAAGAUGUGUGGUAGGCUUCCAAAAAGGAACACUGGCAAGUGCGCUUUGAGUGUCUGUGUUCCCACAACUAGGUGACCGUUCCUUGCUGAUGCUGCUCUGCCUGAUGUAAAUACAGGGAAUCUCAAUCUUGGACUGGGAUGUGCCGAAUAGCGGGUCGUCUCAAAUCCUCGAGCACUCGGUCUAGUGAAGAUGUUGUCGUGUACCAUAAAGAAUUAGUUGCAUUAACAAUGUGACGUUAAGUAUUAUUAAUAAAUGUUAACAUUUUUCAAAAUA